AUGGAAAGGUACACAGGAUACGAUGGGUCUAUUGUGUGGGAUGCCGUGCACAAAAUAGGAAAAAACGACUCUCUGCUGCCCUCCCUGCUGAGUGGCGUGCACUGCUCUGUUACCAUCCAUCUGUGCUCCUUCUACAGCGAAGACCCGGACAACCGAAAGCUGUUCAUGAAUUACAGGCUGAUGUACAAGAGAGUUAAGCCAGAGCACAUGAAAAAUUUAAAAUUCACGCUGGAUUUGCUUAUUUCGCUGCUCCCUGUUGCCAUAGGGGACAUGGAAAGAAUUGCGAAAGGCGAAAAGGCUGCAGGCGCGGUGGCAGCUCUAAAAGGCUCGCUGCUUAGAAACAUGCAGCAUAGCUACGAUCCGUAUGCUGUGACAGCCGAGACUGUGGAAAGAUGUGCGGCAAUUUCCGGGCUGAUGGGGUGUGUGGACUGCAUGCGCUGCAGCGUCUGGGGAAGAGUCCAGUUUGCAGGCCUGCACUGCGCGCUGAACCUCCUGAGGAAGGCUAAAGGCGAAAGCGUUAGAAUAAGCGAUUUUGACAUAGUCUGUUUUGCAAACCUUCUAAACAGGCUGUCCGUGUCCACCACGCAGUACCAGAAGUACAUUUCCGACACAAUAAUAAGGCGCGACGAAGAUAUAAAGAGGCGGGAGGCCCAGGGAAGGGUUCUAAACACGGCAUACUCCUUGGUGGCAGCCCCACUCCUCCAGAGCAAGGCAGCUUUGAGGAAGAAAGUAUAG